AGUUCGAUGACAAUGCAUUACUUUGGUUGAAAAAUAAACAUAAAAUAUCGAAGUUUUUGAGAGCAUUUUCAAAUAAUACUAUGAAUAUAUCGCCGCAUAGAUUGAGGAAAGGAUCAGGAACGAUGAAGCCAAGAUUACAAAGUCCCAUGCCGACGCCUGUAUUCGGAAACGAGGGUAUUUUUAGUCAUAAAAGUGCUAGAACUCGAAGCCGCUUGGACGACUUUCAUCAACCACCAAGACCACCUGUUAAAUCUGCUCCUCCUGUUAGCCGCAUUUUUAGGCAUACUCGACGUUAUUCUGACGGACCGCAACGCGUUAGUUUUGGUUCAAAACAAGAUGUAUUGGAUAAUCUGUGUUACAACUCAAUGUCUCAUGUUCCAUACUUCGAACAGUGCUUUAAAAUUAUUGGCAAACUGGGUCAAGGCUCGUUUGGUGAGGUAUUUAAAGUUGAAAGCAAGGAAGAUGGAUGUCUGUAUGCUGUCAAGAAAUCCAGAGUACGAUUUAGAGGAGAGUACGACAGACAGCAGAGACUUGAUGAAGUGAAAAAGCAUGAAAAAUUACGGCAGCACCCAAACUGUGUGAAAUUAAUCAAAGCUUGGGAAGAAAGAGGUCAAUUGUAUAUUCAAACAGAACUUUGUGAUAUGAGUUUGACAGAUUUUUGUGACAAACACACAAAAAUUGAAGAGAGAUUUGUUUGGGAUAUUCUUGUUGAUCUAACACAGGGUCUGAAGCAUCUCCAUGACAACAAUAUGGUUCACAUGGAUAUAAAACCAUCAAAUGUAUUGAUUGGUUUGGACAGCCUGUAUAAAAUUGCGGACUUUGGGCUUGUUCUUGACUUAUAUAAUCAUCAUUUCAGCGAGGGUCAAGAAGGUGAUCCUAUGUAUUUGGCACCAGAACUGCUUGAAGGACAAUUCUCCAAGGCAGCUGACAUCUUUAGCCUUGGUAUAAGCUUACUUGAAGUAGCAUGUGAUCUUGAUCUACCACGUGGUGGUGAUGCGUGGCAUCACCUUCGUGAAAAACGGAUUCCAAUGUCCUUUCUUCAAGGCGUAUCGGCAGAAUUAUCCUGUCUUAUUUGCAGAAUGAUGGACCCUUUGCCUGGAAACAGACCAACAGUUGACGAUAUUCUAAAGGAACCUGUCGUGAUUAAGGCGAACGCACGAAGGAAAAGAUUAAAGUUACUUAAUGCAGCGAGUGCAAAAUUCAAAAUUAUUCUUUCUCCUUUCACGUUCCUCCUGUUUUGGAUCUGGUAUACUUUCGUGGUGAAACCUUUUCAUAUUUUAUGCGAUUGUAACAACUUUCGAGUCUCUAGCACGACCGAAUUGCUUCAGGAAAACAUGUUUGACUACAGUCACUAUUCGGAAGAUAGUGUUUUUGGUAUGACCUCAUUUUCGACUUCUAUUGAUGAAAAACUCUCAUUAAAGAAUAGUUUUUCUCCCAGGAAUAUUUCAAGAUCAUACUUAUUAAGCGAUGAAGACUCGCCCAGAAGAACAUCACCAUUUCAUACAUGUCUAUCGAAGCACUCACCAUGGCGUGACGCGAGUGGAAGCAUAACUCCACCAAUAGCUAACAGCAGUCCCCGAAUGAACUGUACUCCACCAUCUGAAUCAGCAAAGUAUAUUAGUGGAAUUGAUCCCAUCUUAAAGAGCCAAAUUGGACCUAAGAAUUUGAUGGAGAUUUUUGAAGAUGUGGCAAAAGAUAGUGAAAGUUUUUGAAUCUUUUUGAUUUAAACCUGGAACUUACAGCAUCUGGUAGCAUUGGAGGAAUUUGAAAAAGCCAGAAAUUUCUCCACAAUUAUCAUUGAUAUGCAACAAUUAACCUUACAGAGAAGGACAAUUUACAUCAUACUUGUACAGACACAAUAAAAACAAACACAAUUUAAAAAAAUAUUUGAAACUAGGAGGUUGCACAGAUAUUCAGUAUCAUAAUUACCAUGGAAAAAAAUUUUAGUUUCAUGUUUUUCCUUAAUUGACAAGCAUUUUACCAAAGUCCAA